CCUUUGACGAAGAAUAAAAGCGCCAUGCUGCCCUUGCGUUUGCCUUGUGCGCGCAACCACGUCUCUUCAUGUCCUACUCGUCGACGGCAUCGUAAUUUUAUCUGUGUAUUCGUACCGGCUGCUUCCCGCGUUCCCCUGACAGCUAGACGUCAUGUUACGGCUUGCACAAGCAUUUUUGGCCAUCGCCCUCGUACAGGCGCAAAGCCCCCAGUAUCCUAACACCACAAGUCCGGGUACGAAUAACACCGAUAGUAGCCCGUUGAACAAUGCUGAGAGCCCACCAUUCUACCCGAGCCCGUGGAUAGAAGGCACUGGCGACUGGGCUGCAGCUUAUGCGAAGGCACAGGCAUUCGUCAGCCAACUGACUCUGCUCGAGAAGGUCAAUCUCACCACCGGUACAGGAUGGCAGAGUGAGGCCUGCGUCGGCACCGUUGGUUCUAUACCACGACUCGGCUUCGACUCCCUUUGCAUGCAAGACAGCCCUCUGGGUGUCCGAUUUGCCGACUACGUUUCUGCGUUCCCAGCAGGUGGCACUAUCGCCGCAUCAUGGGAUCGUGGCGAGUUCUACCGUCGAGGAUACCAGAUGGGACGAGAACAUCGUGAAAAGGGUGUUGAUGUGCAGCUCGGCCCUGUUGUUGGUCCCCUUGGUCGCAACCCGAAGGGCGGUCGUAACUGGGAGGGGUUCUCCCCUGAUCCGGUGCUGUCUGGCCUUGCAGUCGCCGACACCGUCCGCGGUAUCCAAGAUGCCGGUGUCAUUGCCUGCACGAAGCACUACAUCAUGAACGAACAAGAGCACUUCCGUUCGCCUGGCAACUUUGAGGACUUUGGCUUUGUCGAUGCUGUCAGUUCGAACUUGGACGACAAGACCCUCCACGAGUUGUACCUAUGGCCCUUUGCUGACGCCGUUCGGGCCGGAACGGGCUCCAUCAUGUGCUCAUACAACAAAGUCAACAACUCGCAGGCCUGCCAAAACUCGUAUCUGCAGAACUACAUCUUGAAAGGCGAGCUUGGCUUCCAGGGGUUCAUAAUGUCAGAUUGGGAUGCACAGCAUUCUGGUGUCGCCUCUACCCUCGCAGGUCUCGACAUGACGAUGCCUGGUGAUACUGAUUUCAAUUCUGGUCAAUCGUUCUGGGGGCCCAAUCUCACGCUCUCCAUCAUCAACGGUACAGUCCCGCAGUGGCGUCUCGAUGAUGCGGCACUACGUAUCAUGGCUGCCUACUAUUAUGUCGGCCGUGACGAGGCAUCGGUGCCCGUCAACUUCAACAGCUGGGUACGAGACACCUACGGAUACCAACACUUCUUUGGAAAGGCCGGCUAUGGUCUUAUCAACCAGCAUGUUGAUGUCCGAGCGGAUCACUUCCGCUCCAUUCGCCGCACUGCAGCAAAGUCGACCGUUCUCUUGAAGAACACCGGCGUGCUCCCUCUUUCAGGUACUGAGAAGUGGACUGGUGUGUUUGGCAACGACGCUACCGACGGCGAGUAUGGCCCGAACGGGUGCCCUGACCAUGGUUGCAACAAUGGCACUCUCGCCAUGGGCUGGGGUUCGGGAACAUCUGACUUCCCAUACCUCGUUACGCCACUGGAAGCCAUUAAGAGCAAGAUCGCCAGCAAUGGUGGCGUUGUUCAAUCCGUCACCGACAACUGGGCCUACGCGCAAAUUGCAGCAUUGGCAAAGCAAGUCAGCGUCUCCAUUGUCUUCGUCAACGCCGACUCUGGUGAAGGCUACAUCACGGUAGAUGGCAACGCAGGCGACCGCAACAACCUGACCCUGUGGCAAGAUGGCGAGGCACUCAUCCGCAAUGUCUCGGCAAACUGCAACAACACCAUUGUUGUUAUCCACUCGGUUGGUCCUGUUCUUGUUAAUUCCUUCUAUGAUAGCGACAACAUCACUGCUAUUGUCUGGGCUGGCCUUCCCGGCCAGGAGUCUGGCAACGCCAUUGUUGAUAUCUUGUACGGCCGCGAGAACCCUGGCGGCAAGCUCCCCUUCACCAUUGGCAGCAGUGCGUCCGAGUACGGCCCAGAUCUCAUCUACGAGCCUAUCAACGACCACGAUAGCCCACAGGACAACUUCGAGGAGGGCGUAUUCAUUGAUUACAGGGCAUUCGACAAGCAGAACAUUACUCCUGUCUAUGAGUUUGGUUUUGGUCUCUCGUAUACGACAUUCAACUAUUCCAACAUCAAGGUUGCCAAGGUCCCAGCUAGCAAGUACACGCCGACUACUGGCCAGACCAAGGCUGCUCCCACACUGGGCAACUAUAGCACCGAUGCUGCCGACUAUCAGUGGCCGGCCAACCUCACCCAUGUGAAUACGUACAUCUAUCCCUACCUCAACUCUACGGAUCUCGCGAAAGCUUCGCAGGACCGUGAUUACGGGCUCAACUACACAUGGCCCGAAGGCGCGACAGAUGGCUCGCCACAAGCCCGCAUUGCUGCUGGUGGCGCACCAGGUGGCAACCCACAGCUCUGGGACGUGUUAUUCACUGUUGGCGCUACCAUCACCAAUACCGGGUCUCGCUCUGGUGACGAAGUUGUGCAGGUGUACCUGUCACUGGGCGGCCCUGAGGAUCCCAAGGUGGUCCUCCGUGGCUUUGAUCGUCUUUCCAUCCAGGCUGGUAAGAGCGCUACAUUCCAGGCUGAAAUCACACGUCGCGAUGUGUCCAACUGGGAUACGGCGAGCCAGAACUGGGUCAUCACCAAGUUCCCCAAGACGGUGUAUGUUGGUGCUAGCUCUAGGAAACUGGCUCUUAGCGCGAAGUUGGAUUUGAGCGACUUUUAGUCUUGGAUGCUUUGUAGGGAGGACAAAGUUGGGUUAUUAUUGCAUUGACGACAAGAUAUUAGUUCCAAGGCAUUAUUUACGAUGAAGCACUUUCCAUGAGAUUAGGACAGUGAGGUUAACGAUGUUGGGAUUCUAUGUAAAUAUUGAAACGAGGGAUACUUUGUCAGUCGUGUCACGGUGUUGUGCACUUUGCGCAUGUGUGGUCGUUCGCGGUGCUGUGCUGCUGAAGCCGGCCAAGAGCGCAGCCAAUGCAUGACCAAUUCGUGCGCUGAUGACGUACGAUCGUCAACAAACGCGUCCACCAGUUUGCGUGCGGAUGCUUACGCGAAUGGCUGCUGACAACGACUAGCUGGCCUUGACGAACCGUAGUUGAUGAGGGGUGCAUAGUGCCGUGAUCCCUAGGUAG